UUUGAAGAGGUCGUAGUGCAGUCGAUUAGUCGAAGAGCACAGAUCGGAUUAUUUUACCGGUUUACCCGCGCUGAUUUUCAGGAGGUUAAAAAGGGUUAUAACUCUACGAGGUCAGGGUUUAUGUUUUUGUACAAUCGAAUGUCUAUAUUUUGAUAAUUAUCUCUCCAAGUAAUUUUAUUAUUGAGAAAAAAUGACAGUUACCGGCGAGGACAAAGUGAAUCUUCCAUGGGUGGAAAAAUACAGGCCUAGUACAUUGGAUGAACUUAUUUCCCACGAUGAGAUCAUAAAAACAAUCAACAGAUUCAUAGACGAAAACCAGCUGCCGCAUCUGCUGCUCUAUGGGCCCCCAGGUACCGGCAAGACAAGUACCAUUUUGGCCUGCGCUAAAAAAUUGUACACAAAAACCCAAUUCAGUUCGAUGGUGAUGGAACUGAACGCCUCGGACGACAGAGGUAUUGGAAUAGUAAGGGGUCAGAUAUUGAAUUUUGCAAGUACGAGGACAAUAUUCAAAUCCGGUUAUAAGCUGAUUAUCCUCGAUGAGGCCGAUGCAAUGACAAACGAUGCCCAGAACGCUCUACGUAGAAUUAUUGAAAAGUUCACGGAAAAUGUCAGGUUCUGUUUAAUUUGCAACUACCUCGGCAAAAUCAUACCUGCUCUCCAGUCGAGGUGCACACGGUUCAGAUUCGGACCUCUUGACACCCAACAGAUCAUUCCAAGGCUUGGAUUUGUUAUCGAGCAAGAAAAUGUGAAAGCGACUGAGGAUGGAAAGAAAGCAUUGAUCGAACUCGCCGGCGGCGAUAUGAGAAAGGUUUUAAACAUUCUACAAAGCACGGCGACAGCUUUUCCGAUUGUCAACGAAGACAAUGUCUACACCUGUGUCGGCCAUCCAACAAAAUCAGACAUCACGAACAUCUUAAACUGGCUACUCAACUCCGACUUUGUCUCUGCGUACAACAUGGUUCACGAAUUGCAAAUCAACAAAGGUCUUGCCCUGGUAGACAUUCUGCACGAAGUCCACACUUAUAUACAUAAAAUCGAACUCCCUUCUGAAGUUUUAAUCGAGCUCCUAAUAAAACUCGCCGACAUCGAACAUCGUUUAUCAAUCGGCGCGUCAGACAAACUGCAGUUGAGUGCAGUUGUCAGUGCAUUUUUCAUCGCAAGAUCCUCCAUCGUUGUACCUGAAAGUGUUUGAAUGUCCUAUUUUUUACCUGUCAUUAAAUCGUCUAAUUUUUUUA